AAGCGGGCGUUUCAGUGCGAGUGCGAACCGUGAAGCGAACGCGGCAGCUGCAACGGCACAGGCCAAAGGGGGGUUUUAAUCGCGCCGGCCGACGGGAGAGGUAAUUCGAUCGAGUGAGUACGCACAAACUACCAGCGAGUACGCGCGGAAGAAAGGAAGGAAGCAGGAAGCCGGAGGGGAAAUGAUUUCAAUUCCCCUCGUCCGGUGACAGUCGCAGAGUCGUUUGCGGCGUCACCAGCAUUUUUGCUCUUGCGUCCUCGGCGAUUUGAAUGCGCGAAACCUGAGAGGGCGCAAGCAUGGCCAUCGGAAGUCCCAGGGCGCUGCUGCCCCCGGAACCCCGCACGCCGCCGCGCUCCGCCUCCAACUCGAUCCGAUUCUCGCGCAUCCACCCCGCCGCCGAGCCGCCUCCGCUGCCCCCGCGCCCCUUGUACUACACGCCGCGCAAGCUGCAGAUUCCGGCACCCCUGCUGCCCUCGAACUCCUCGUCGUGCAGUCCGCCGCCCACACCCUCGAAACGGGCCUCCUGGAUUUUGGCCCAGGUGCCGCCCAGCCAGUCGCCCUACUCGGUCCUCAACGCCUCCACGGUCACCAUGGUCGUCUGCGGCACAAUCCUCAUCUUCCUCUGCUUCUUGGGCAUCUCGGAGAGCGGACGCCUUUACUUCUGGGACUUGGGCCUAUUUUGCGGCUCAGCUUACAUAAUAAUCGGCCUUCUAGGGAUGCGGACGCGAUACUGGACCACCAUGCCCAACAGGAAUUUUCUCUCAGGCUACAUCGUGCUGGCGGUUUUGAGCUUUCUGAUAAUGAGUACCGUGCUGGCGAUGCUGGUAGUCAGGGUCAGCAAGGCAGACGCAAACUCGGUGAUGGACCUGCUCAGCGGGGCGGUCUGCGGGAUCACUGUGUUGACCGUGCUGAUGACUCUAAUCGGCUUAUGCUCGACUAGGUGCUGCAGGACGUCGCCGCCAGACAACAGAAUCGAACACUGUGCCGAAGGACUCACUUUGUAGAUGUGCUUUUGUACAGAACGAAAUCAAAAGUCAGUGUAAAAGUGCCUUGAUAUACAUAUUUGUAAAUUUUUAAUUAAAACUAUAUUCCUUAAAAUAA